AGGAAUGUCUUCAGCAGCCAUUGAAGUUCUUGUCCAAAACCUCAUCAACCUUCUCAAGGAUGAGUACUCUCUCCUUCGAGGUCUCAACAAAGAUGCUCAUCAGCUGCAGAGGACUUUGGAGACGAUUCAAGCCUACUUGAGUGAUGCUGAGAAGAAAUCCAUCACCCAAGAUUCUGUCAAGAUCUGGUUGAGGGAGCUUGAAGCCGUGGCUUUCGAUGCUGAGAAUGUCUUGGACGAAUUCAGCUAUCAUCUUCUCCACAAACAAGUUAAGAAAAUGAUGACACCCAAAGCCAAGGAUAAGGUACUAUCAUUCUUCUCAUCCUUUAAUGGCAUUUCGAGUCGGCAUAAUAUGGCUCACACAAUCAAACAAAUCAAUACUACUUUUGAGUCUAUGAAGAAAACGGCAAAAGAGCUUGGCCUUGAAACGUUGGUUGUGAGUGCACCUGCUGCUAUUGCUCAUACUUCCAUUGAGUCGGAUUCGGUCAGUCUUGAUCCAAUCUUCAUUGGAAGAGACGAUGAUAUGCCUAAACUAGUUCACAUGCUCACCGAGAUCCAGGAUGAUCGGAUCUUUUGCAUGGUUGCUCUAGUUGGAAUGGGGGGUAUGGGGAAGACUACGUUGACUAGGAAAGUCUUUAAUCAUGAAAGUGUAAAGGCUCGAUUUGGUUCACUUAUUUGGGUUCAUGUUUCCCAAACUUUUGAUCCAAUUAGUCUUUUCAAAAAAAUCCUUUCAGCGUUGAGUUCACAUAUUGGUGAUGGAGUUCAAAGCAGGGAACUUAUCUUGAAAAGGCUUCAAGAAGUUCUCAAGUCUAAAACUUAUCUUCUCGUUCUUGAUGAUGUAUGGAACGAAGAUGUUUCAAUGUGGGAAGACUUUAUGAAUUCCAUGUCUGGAGUGACUUCCACUAUGGGAAAUGGCAUUUUGAUCACCACCAGAAGUGAAAAUGUUGCUUCAACCGUUCACCCAUUUUAUAUUCAUCAUUUGAAUGGAUUAUCAGAUGAAGUUUGUUGGUCUAUAAUCAAAGCCAAAACUUAUGACGAAAAUGGUGAAGUUCCAUCAGGAUUCGAGAUGACAGGAAGAAAGAUUGCUAAAAGAUGCCAGGGUUUGCCCUUAGCUGCCAAUGUAGCUGGCGGAGUGCUUCGCGGUAAGUCUGAAGAAGAUUGGCGCUUCAUCAGUGAAAAAUGGCUUUCAGCUGCUGAAGGAGGUGACAAUAUCUCAAAAAUAUUGAAAUUGAGCUUUGAUCACCUCUCUUCACCGUUGCUCAAGAAGUGUUUCAUGUUUUGUUCGAUAUUCCCCAAAGGUUGGAAAAUCGACAAGGAGGGAUUGAUUGAACUAUGGAUGGCAGAAGGUUUUCUUCAACCAAGCCGAAGAGAUGACAUGGAGUCCGUGGGCGACAUGUUUUUCAAUGUGCUUCUACAGAACUCUUUGUUGCAAGUUCAAAUGAGUGAUGAUUAUGGAAAUGUGGAAAGUUAUCUGAUGCACGAUCUUGUGCAUGAUCUCGCAUCUAAUAUUUUAUCCAAUAAUUCAGAUGGCAACACCCCAAUUCGAUAUAGGUUUCUCCAAGAAGAAUUAAGUCCUAUUCCAGAAAAGGAGGCCAAGCAUUUGCGUACAUUAUUCUUGCAUGGUGAAACUUCUGGUACGAAGUUCUCAUGCCUAGAAUAUUUGCGUAAUCUUACUCUUUCUGGUAAUUAUGAAGAGCUUCCCAAUUCAAUUAGGGGGUUGGUACAUUUGAGAAAUUUGAAUAUUUCGGAUACAAGGAUUCGAAAGUUUCCCAAGUGGAUUGGUGAGCUUUAUCACUUGCAAACAUUAAGAGCAAGGAGGUACAUAGAUGAACUGCCAAGUACGUUAAAGUACAUGUUUAACUUAAGGCAUCUUCACAUCCAUUUUGAUGCAAAGUUGCCGGCGGAGAUUGGGAGAUUGACUAAUCUCCAAACACUACCUCACUUCACAGUGGGCAAUCAGAAGGGCAACCAAAUUGAAGAGCUCGGAAGUUUGAAGAAUCUCAAAGGAACACUAGUAAUUCGUAAUCUGGAGAUGGUGCAUGACAAGGAAAAGGCUCUGAAAGCAAAUAUGUUUCAAAAGCCAAACUUAUUUGAUCUGUCUUUUGAAUGGGAUGAUGGUAGAGAAGAUGAAAGAAAUGAUGAGAAUGUGUUGGAAGGCCUCCUACCUCAUGCAAAUCUGAAGAAGUUGAAGAUUUCAGGAUUCAAAGGAAAAAGAUUUCCAAUAUGGGCUGAAAAGAUGGAAGUACGUGAUGGGCCUCAAGGCUCUUGGGUACCGCUUGCCAACUUGAUUAAAAUUAAACUCUCCGGGUGCUCAGAAAUAGAGGAAAUCCCAAUGCUGGAGCACUUGCCUAAUCUCAAGUCUCUUUCUUUGAAAGAAUUGAAGAAGGUGAGGUUCAUGAAUACUUCAUUCAAUCAUUUGACGUCACUCAAAAUAAAAGAAUUAGAGGCAUUGGAAUGUCUGCCAGAAUGGUUAUUCCUUAACAAUCAGGAUAUCUCAACUUUGAAAAUAUCAAAUUGUCGUGUGUUGAGUAAAUUACCAGAUGGCUUGAACACCCUCCAUUCUUUGGAGAAUUUGUAUAUUUGGGGUUGUGAGAAUCUGAAAUCGAUUGGGAAUCCAAGUGGCGGAGCAAGACAAUCACAGGGGAUCCUCCGUGCGCUGAGUAUUGUAGAAUGCGGAGAGCUGAUGGAAUUUCCGUGUCAAAUGCUAGAGUCAUGGGCCCCUACAAUUAAGGAUCUUGAAUUGGAAGGAUUAAGGAGGCUAAAGAAUCUACCAAUGUUAAUUGACUGCCUCGCUAAAUCAUCUACUGGUCUCAUGUAUUUGAUAAUCACAGGUGUUCCUAAAUUGAUGGGUGCUAGUAGUAAUAGUGUUGAGAGUUGGGAUCUUAGCAAGAUGAAAUCAUUAAGCAUAGAUGUGAGUGUGGAAUGGUCAAGAGAGGAUAGUGUUGGCAUUGCAGACACUGUGGAAGGGAUGCUGCAAACAUGCUGCAACUCACUUAUAUGGUUACAUAUAAAGGGGUGGAAAUUUGGGAGUGGCUGCCCCAAUCAAUCCAAUAUCUCACCACUCUUGAUAUAUUAACAUUGGAGAAUAUAGGAGUAGAAGAAUUGCCACAAUGGUUGUGGAACCUCUCAUCUCUAACAGAGUUAUAUCUUUGCCGUUGCAACAAGUUGAAGCGUCUGCCCUCUGUGGAUGCGUUGAACCGCCUCACUACAUUAGAAGAGUUGCAUAUUAUAGAUUGCCCGGAACUACACAUUGAUUCGGAGUGGCGCAACCACCAUCUCCAUCUCAAAAUCGAGGUCGAUGGCGAACCCGUUUGAAUGUUGUUGCAAUUCUAGAGCUUAAAAAGUUACAGUCUCGGAAUAGCUUGAUGUUCACUCAGGACAUGUGAAACAGCUGCAGAUGACUUUGGAGAAAUCUUAAGAAGAUCCGUACCAAUCCUGGAACAUGCCUUUAUCUUCACAUCGAAGCAAUCCAUGACUUAACUGGUUUUAAUUUGAUUGUCUAUAUGCAUGUUGUUCUCAUAAAGGAUUACAUAGCUUUGGUGAUUCCUCUUGGUUUCUGCCACUGCCACUCCUUCUCCUUGCUGCAAACCCUUAUAUAGUGCUCUAUCUUGUGCCUGACUUUUGGGGAGGUAAUAUACCAUUUGGGCUAUAAGUUCUAACUGCUUUUGAGCUUGGUUUGAAAUGGUGUUACUUAAUGGUAUAAGAUUGGGGAAAUCUGAUUUCCCAUCUUGAUAUUGGUAGAGUAAAAAUCUGAUCUCUUCUAUCUUGAGCUCAUCCUACUCUGGUUAUUUGUCUUGGUUCCCCCUUUGAUGUCAAUUGGAUGCGAGACAAUUUGGCUGAUCUCACGGCUUCAGUUAUUGCCCUCGUAUUCCUCAUUUUGUGUUUGCAUCUUCCUUUCCCUUCUACCUAUCAACGCUCUUUUAACCUCUUUUAUAUAUGAUAUUUAUUUUUCUUC